GGAUAGGUAGGCGGGGCCGCGCCUGCGUUUUGGGAGGCGGUAGUGGUGGUGGCGGCGGCGGCGGCGGCGGCAGCGGGAGAGGUAGCAGCGGCAGUUGUAAGGGGGUUCCAGGAAGAUGGUGGUGAUUAAAGAAUUCCGUGUGGUUUUGCCGUGUUCUGUUCAGGAGUAUCAGGUCGGACAACUUUACUCUGUCGCAGAGGCUAGUAAGAAUGAGACUGGUGGUGGUGAAGGAAUUGAAGUCCUGAAGAACGAGCCUUAUGAGAAGGAUGGAGAAAAGGGACAAUUUACACACAAAAUUUACCACCUAAAGAGCAAAGUCCCUACAUUCGUGAGGAUGAUUGCUCCCGAGGGCUCCUUGGUGUUUCAUGAGAAGGCCUGGAACUCGUACCCCUACUGUCGAACAAUUGUAACGAAUGAAUAUAUGAAAGAUGACUUCUUCAUUAAAAUUGAAACGUGGCACAAACCGGACUUGGGAACAUUAGAAAAUGUCCAUGAUUUGGAUCCAAACACAUGGAAAACUGUUGAAGUAGUCCACAUAGAUAUUGCAGAUCGAAGUCAAGUUGAACCUGGAGACUACAAAGCUAAUGAAGACCCAGCAUUAUACCAGUCAGUCAAGACUAAGAGAGGCCCUUUGGGACCCAACUGGAAGAAGGAGCUGGCAAACAACCCUGACUGUCCUCAAAUGUGUGCUUAUAAACUGGUGACCAUCAAAUUCAAGUGGUGGGGGCUACAAAAUAAAGUAGAAAACUUCAUCCAAAAGCAAGAAAAAAGGAUAUUUACAAACUUUCAUCGCCAGCUCUUUUGUUGGAUUGACAAGUGGAUUGAUCUGACGAUGGAAGACAUUAGGAGAAUGGAAGAUGAGACUCAGAAAGAACUAGAAACAAUGCGUAAGAAGGGUUCCGUCCGAGGCACUUCGGCUGCUGAUGCCUAGAUGAGUCCCCUCUAGGGUCAGAGACAAUAUCAAACUGUUUACGUAAUCAAGGUCAAGUGAGGGGAACAAGCGCAGCCAGUGACGAGUGAAGAAGAAUCUGACCAGAAUCUUGCAGUGUUGACGUUUCCGACGUGUGCUUGUGAUGACAUACACACACACACACAGGUUCCCAGCCACAUGUGUAUAUGUGUGUGUAUGUUUGUGGCUGUAUAUAGAGGCAUGUAGAGCUACAGACCCAGGUGCACACGUGUGUAUAUAUGUACAUACAGACAUACUGAGGGAUUAGUACAAUUUCUCCAAAGUACUGUACCUAUCGUGAGCAAGAAUGCAGAAGAAAAUAUUUUCAAUAUAUAUACCUGGAACAGAUUUUAAUAAUUAUCAGAGUAAUCCCAUUAAUGGACAAAUUGAUUGCAAUGUGAUACUAGCUGGUAUGUUUCAUAAAUGUCUUGUGGACCAAUAUAUAUAUAUAUAUAUAUAAAACAUUUUGUUAUUCUUCUGUUCUUUUAAAUCAGUCUCUUACAAAUUUUUAUUUUAGUCAUAUAAGCAACAGACUCCCACAGAAAGAUUUCUUCAAAAUCUUUUGGUAUUCCAUUGAAUCUGGAAUGUAAACUCAAUGUAUUUAUAGCUAUUUAUUUCUGGAUGGUCAUUAUCUUCCAGCCAAAUUUGACAAUAUCUGUUAAGAGUAAAGUUAUAGACUAGUUUUUACUACUUUGCUCUGAGAGAAAAAUCCUUUUAGAAGAAUUUUCUGAUUUUUAUUGGAUUUUUGUAUUUUAAAUUUCAAGUAUUUUUCUAUACCAAAUCUAGCAAAGAUGGAGAAGACAGUUUGUGAUUUGUAAUAAGCACUAGAAAAUUUCCAGGCUUUUGUUAGACAAAAAAAUAAUUUAACAAAGAUGUUAAUCUUAUGGGUAUUAUAGGCCAUGUGGGAAAAUUGGAAGAAUAGCAUUUCAGAAAUGACUGUUUUCUACAGUUGUAGCAUAAAAACUAUGCAAAUGGUCUAGAUUCCUAGUAGCUUUUAUAGGAGGAUAUAGUGAUGACAUUUCAUUCUCUUCAUGUAGCCAUAGACUUCGGGGCGAGAUGCUGACUCUCAGCUAGGACUAGUAUGAGACGCAGCACAGGAUUUGGCUGCAUACUGUUAGAGGCCAGUGGCCUUCUGAUUCUGUGUGUGCUCUUUAGUAGGAUAUCAAGGAACACAUCCUGCAGAGGUGUCAUGAAAAUGCUUGUUAGAAGUUGCUGCCACCUUUUUUUUUUUUAAAGAAAGAACAGUGGCUGGGUACGGUUUUAUACCACCUUUCUCUGUCUGUAAUUUUUUCCUGUCAGUCUCGGGAGCUUGAGUAGAAUGAUAUUGUUGAAGCCUUCAGGUCACAAACUGUCUUCUUUAACUUUCCGGCCUUUCUAAAACAUGCCAAACCCUGCAGUCCAAUCACAUUAGUAAUCUGAUUUGCUGACAGCCCUGCCUUCCUUGCUCCCUCAUUUUCCCACAUGUCCUGUGUCCCCCCUGGAGUGAUGGCAGCGAGUGGGACAGUGGUGUUUACAGUCACUGCUGCAUUGUGGUAUGCUGUUGUCUUCACAACAAAUUCCACAUUUCCUGUGUCCUUGGUGUACUCAGGAUAAGGACUGAUGUUUACUCUCUGGGCACUGUGGUAAGAUAGGUUUUAUCAAAGCAUUGUUGUUUUGCAAAGUGGUUCAAGGAAGAUCAUUGCUAAUUUUGUGGAUUAGAGUCUAGCCCUCUCCCUUUAAUGAACCUAAGUCUCACUGGCAUCUGUAGUCUCACGGGGAGCUUGGGCACACAUGAAAAUGAGAGCCCAGCACAUGGAUUUUAAUGUUUUUCUAACAACUGUGGAGAUUUGAGGGGACGUGUGGUGAAUGUAAAAUACCUAGUUGACUUGGCAGUCUCUCAUGUAAAUUACAGUAAAACAGUAAAUGAAAUUUAAACAAAAAUAAAUUUGAUCACAAAAUGCCA